UCUUGUGUUAUCCUGCUGCAUUUAUUAGUAAUAUCAACACAUCAAGUUGCACUCCGAGUGCUGAACAACUUUCUGACCCAUCAAAUAGUGAUUUGUUAAAAGUUAGACCUCCAUCGUCUAUGACUAAUUCAAGUCUACCAAAGAUGCAUUCAAGGACAUCGAGUCUCUCUUCGAUAACUAGUGAUAAAAUUAUGUCAGCUACCAAAUCGGUGCCUGUGUCAACAGAAAUUUUGAUGGAUUCUGAUGAUCUAACUGUUGGUGACUGUAUUUACGUUAAUGGAACAAAAUCUGGUAUUAUCAAAUUCCUUGGUAGUACAAGUUUUGCUCCUGGUAAAUGGGCUGGAGUUGAAUUAGCUGAUGCUUCUGGUAAAAAUGAUGGAUCUGUUAAUGGAGUUAAAUAUUUUACUUGUGAACCUAAACAUGGGCUAUUUGUCCGUUCACAGUGUUUAACUUUAGAGCCUAUUACUCCUCCAGAGAAACCAUCGUCCACCGUAACAUCGCCAUCUCCAAUCAGUGAUGGCUUCAAAUCACCAACUAACCUCAUAACCAGUGUAACAAGCACCACUUUCGCUUCAUCAAGAACCACAUCUUCAUCAGCCUCGAAUCUAAAAGUUGGUGAUAAAGUUAUGGUUCAUGCUAGCUGUGGAUUAAAACGAGGUACUCUUCGGUAUUUAGGAUCAACUGAUUUUGCUGCUGGUAUUGAACUAUCGGAUGCGUCUGGUAAAAAUGAUGGCUCUGUUGCUUGGAAAAGAUAUUUUCAAUGUCCACCAGACCACGGUUUAUUCACUCCUCUCAAUAAAGUUGUAAGAGAUAUGGUUAGUGGCAAUGCAGCUGCUCAAGCAAGAACUAACAUUAGUAUGGUUAGACGGCCAAGUAAUUUAACUACCUCUAAACACAGCGGAAUGGGUGACAGUCGAGAACCUCUUGCAUCUAUCAACAGUACUACUUCCCAUCGAUCAACCCGAUUAGGUUUUGGGAUGACUAGCAGCUAAUAUAUGUGACCAAAGUCAGACUCGCUAUCUUGAGACUAUCGAUGAACUCAAUUUGAAAUUAAAAAAACCAAGAUAUAAUGGUUAAAUGAAAGAAGAUUUGAACCGAAUGAACGUAGAAUCCAAGAAACUUCAAGACAAUAUGGAUAAGAUUCUUAAACGAACAGGAGACGAUAGCGGUCAAUUGAAUAUAUUAAUGGAUAAGUUACACAAAAGUGAAGAUGAAAGAAGGAAAUUAGAAGGUGAUCUCAACUCUUUAAGAGAUAAGCUUGAACGUGAAGAAGCCCGUAAAGAGGUGAAUUCUGGAAUGGUGAAGAUGAAAAAUUGAUCCAGGAUAAGGAAGCCAAGGAAGUGACUUUGAUUAAUAAAGAAAUGCAAUUAACUGAAGAACUUCAUCGUAAGACUGAAAUCAUCACUUGACUGGGAAGACGUAUUCAUGAAUUGCUCAAAGCAAGUGGGGAUAACCGGCCGAUGUCCGACCCAAAAGAAUAACUCAUUAGCUAAUUCAACAAACCACUCUAAACAUAACAACAAACGUUACGAAGAACGGUCCUAUUGCGCCAAUUGUGAAGUUUUUGGCCCCUGAACUCUGAACUGUAGCGAUAUCCAAUCAUUUUAAAUCGCACUCGCAUCCAUCUAUUGUCGAUCAAAGCGAAAAAAAGAGUAGAUAUGAUUCGAUAAGAAUGACAGUCCCAACGGGUCUUAUCCAUGAAUAUCUCCUGUAUAUCUAACAUAUAAAUUACUAAUAUUAUUGUUAAUCCGUAAUCCGAACUUGUAAUCCGAUAGUUAUUAUGUUAUUAAUAUGUUCACUUCACCACAUGAUUUGUUUUCCUCAUACGUAAGUCUAAAAUCUUAACGAAAAUCUCUUUCACUCAAUGAUUUCGGUCUUCCUGGGCUUUAUAUAUAAUUAUGAACAACCUUUUGUGAUCGUUUUAUUCGAUCAGCAAUA